UUAAUUUAAUUUUCUCUAUAGCGCCAGACCACAAAAGAAGUCAUUCAAUGUUACCUUCCCUAUAGAACAGGUCUAUACCUUGUUCUUUUAUUAAACAAACUAAAUAGCCUUAUGUUGUCUUAUUUGCACGAUGGCAUGUCAUUUCUGUCUCUACGUUACAUGGUCGCGCUCUCUGUAUCGCGCGCACAGCGGAGUUCCGCCCCGGUUCGCACACACACACACACACACACACACACACAAACAAACGUAAGCGCACACACAAGUGAGCACACUCCCACUCCUAUUUGUAAAUAUUAAGCCGCGAAACGACUAUUUACAUAUGACGUCUGCCUGUCUCUGUUAAUGUAUGGCGCAGACGCGCGGGUUUGUUUACUACUCAUACAGAAGCCCGCGUGACGCUUGCGGCGAUAUUAACGUCUGCCACAUCACUAAAUGAGGACAUAAAUACAUGAACAACAUCUCCAAAACUGCUCUGAGAAGUCACUUCAUGAGCAUUUGACCGUUUCAUUUAAGAAAAACUAUCCUCAUAUCAUACACACAGAAACUUAAAAGUAUUCACGGCAACCCGUCAAAAUAAAAGUUCGGUUUCACUUGAAGGCAUUGGGCAGAACUACUAAAACUAUUAAAACCUUAUCUUUAAGGAAUAAUCAUACAAUGUCUUCAGUGUUAUUACAGUGUUGUCUGUUUUUUUUUUUUGUAAGAGAUUAAAAUUGAAUGAAAUGGAUUUAGAAGUUAGGCUAUAAUGUUAAAAAAAAACGUAGUCAAUUUCAAAUAAAUGCUGUACUUUUGAACUUUCUAUUCAUCAAUGUCCACAAUAAUACUUUUUUUUUUUUUUUUUUGCACACAAGUAGACAUUAAUCUGCAUAACUGUUUUCAGCAUUGAUAAUAAAAAAAUCAGCAUAUUAAAUCAUGUGACACUGAAGACACUGAUGUAAUGACUGCUGAAUAUUCAGCUUUGCCAUCACAAGAAUAAAUUACUUUUUGAAAAGUUUAACAUAAUAUAUAUGCGUGUUUUGCAUGCAUUGACAUUGUAAUAUGGCGAUUUACGCAAAUGUAUUACUGUUUGAUGUUAUUGCAUGAGGAAUGUCUUGAAGAAAGCUAGCAGGAAGUUUUUAAAUUUAGCAGAUGGUUGGUAGUGUAUUAUUCAUGGCACCUACAUGACACAGAAAGGGAAGAAACCUGCUUAUGUAACUUGUCAACACAUCUACAGUACAUCUAGUUUUACUGCAGUGUCAACUUGUAGUCCUCACAGAAUUCCCUAUAACAAGACCUAUAUUUGAUAAGCCCCUGGAUCUCUGGAAAUACAACUUAAAUCUCAUGAAAUAUGGAAAUGCCUGUAGGGAUCAACUUCCCAUCUAGUAGUAUAUUACAUGGUUUGUUGACAUCCUUUUAAAUGAAACGCAUACUGUUUUAAAUGAACUGCUUAGAUCAGAAAUACUACAGCAGUGGUACUGCAUUGUUCACUGUACUGGUUACAUACUGAAUUGAAUCGUUUUGAAGCUUUGCAAUAAAGCAGCAGUUUUGGUCUUAUAAGGAGUAGCCUUGUGUACCUUGUCUUAAGUUAACAGUUGUCUUUGUCCGGUCACAUCCUUGAAAACUCUCUGCCCCUUCCUCUAGAGUCAUGCGUUUGGCUCUGAUGACUGCAGAGACUUUACUGUGUUAAUAACUUCUCUCUCAUCUAGGGAAAGGCAAGGGACCCAGGCACUGUCUUCCUUUUAAUGUGCUGGCUUUUCUUCAAUCAUUUAAUUAAGAAAAGGAGCGAUUAUUCAGCCUCGAGUCAGCUCCUUCUCCCUUCCAGCGCCUCAUUCAUCUCUGAUUAAACUUGUAGCAUUCGGUAACUGUACUUGCCUGCUCUUUCUGGGGCAUGUGAAACAGGAGGAGAUUGUGACAGUAGAGAAAAGAGGAACCUGAGGUCUGUGAGCGAGUUGCAGGAUAAGAAAAUGGUCCCCUUUGGUCUCUUCAACUUGAUAAAGGCCGUGCUUGCAGCUGUGUUAUCUCUUUUUGCGUUUAAGUUUGGGUUAUCUCUUUUUCGGCAGCAUAACCUGUCUGAGGGUUUCGCUGCGUAGUUUUACCCCCCUAAUUAAGGGCUGACCCCUCAUGGGACUUCACAAUAAAAGGUUGGGGUCUUUUCAGUAAUUACAGUAAUCAAAAUAGUUGACAAUUUUAUGUACAAGGUUACAUUUAUUUUCACCCGGUGCAAAAUGGGCAUUCACGAACAGAAGAUGCGAUUACCUGAGAGGGCAGUAGAUGAUACAAAACAUUGACAAGCAUAAAAUACUGUAAUUAUUUACACUACCAUUCAAAAGUUUGGCGUCAGUAACAUCUUUAAGAAAUUACAAAUUUUAUCUAGGAAGGAUGCACUAAAUUUAUCAAGUAAAAGUGUAGACAUUUUAAAAAAAAAUCAGUUUAUACAAAUAAUCAAGGAGUACAACUUUUUUAACAUUAAUAAUUAGAAGAAAUGUUUCUUGAGCUUCAAAUCUUCAUAUUAGAAUGAUUUCGUAAGGAUCAUGUGACACUGAAGACUGGAGUAAUGAUGCUGAAAAUUCCGCUUUGCCAUCACAGGAUUUUAAAAUUUAUUAAAAUAAACAAGUUAUUUUAAAUUGUAAUAAUAUUUCACAAUAUUACCGUUUUUACUGCAUUUUUUUAUUAAAAUGCAGCCUUGAUGAGCAUAAGGGACGUCUUUCAAAAAACACUAUAAACUAAUACUUUCCUUGUAAUACGCACACAAAUGUUUUUUUUUUUUAAGAUUUAUUUUUGCCAUUUUUCACCUUUAUUUUGAUAGGACAGUAUAGCAGUGACAGGAAGUGAAGUGGGAGAGAGAGGGGGGAGGGAUUGGGAAAGGUACACGAGCCGGGAUCCGAACUCGGGAGGCUAUCAGUGCCAACAACAUUUUAGGUUUUAUGGAUUUAACGUAAUUUACAUUUAAAUACCAUAAUUUCAUUAACUGAUAUAAUGUUAAUAUACCAACCUAUGGAAGUACUGAAGUAUCUGUUUUGUACCUUUGUAAUACACUGAUAACCACCAAAAGCAGGUGGUGAUGAGAGUCACAUGACGAACAAAAGCCCAUCUCAAGCAGCUUUUAAACACUAACAUAUAUAGAAGGUGCACAGUGUCAUUCACACAACCACUAGACACCAUCAUGGAAACACACAUAAAACUGAAAUAAUGCAAUAAACAUUAAUUUAACAACAUUAGAUGUACCAUACAACCGUAAUGAACACAACUGAUAAGAAAAAACUAAGAAGAAACAUAGAUAUUUCAACAAAAAAACAUCAAAUUUGAAAUGUAAUGCAGGGAAUUCUGGGAAUGCCAAUUUACGGUUAUUCACUGUAAAUUAUACAUUGUUUCACUCCCAAAAAUAUACUACUGUAUACUACUGUAAAAUGACAUGUAAUGGCCAAUACAGUUUUUCAGCGUAUAUAGUAGGGGAACUUAUCGUUAACCAAUUAAUAGGUUUUUAUUAUAGCAUUUUAACAGUCUUUUACCAUUAAAUUCACGGUCAUUUAUGUUUUUUUUUAAUUGUGUGGAAUAAUUUUUAUGAAUUUUUUGGCUGUGUUAUGAAAUGUAGACUUUACCUAUAACCUUAAGUUGACAGAACAUUUUUUAAAAUGGCCUCUAAACUUGAACACUCUUCAUUUUCGCUGUAUGGAAAAACUCUAGUUUUGAGCAAGGUUGAGCUUGAGUGUUUGUGUCGAAUAUCCACUUGGCUUGAGUUUGAAUGAGCAUGACUCUUUGAUUGACAGCUUUGUCUUCAUUGUCUAGAGGUAUAGCAGUACCUCUUUGCACUACUGUAAAAUACAUUGCUGUUUCAUUAACAGAGAGGGACGCAAACACACAAAUGCAAAAGAUAUACAGGGAUGCGUUUCCAGCUCAGCACUAUUAACAGUUGAGGUGCUAUAAUUCGAGUCAAAUUCCUCAUCCGAAUGUGACGGCGGUUGUAAACAUAGACCCCACGAGAGGAAUUCCACCGGGAGACAAAGCAAGGGUUAGAGAGCCUCGUUCCCCUCUCCCUCUGCUCUAGGGUGGAAAUGGUUAACAUAUCACUGUAAUUGGCACCCGCAGCUGCUUGUCCUCUCCACAAACAGGAGGGGAUGAUUUUUUCCCCCGGCCUCCCCCUCUCGUUCUCCCCUCUCCUCUCUCACUCUCUUUCUGCAGCCUCUGCUUUGUGUGACAGCUGCCUAAUUGGGCAUUCUCCCCUCGUAGCGAGGCUGCCUCCUCCGGCCUCGACUGCUGACGAAUGGCAGCGGAUUACAGAUGAGGACACGAUGACCUGUUCGACCUUCCCGCAGCAGGGGGAGCAGAGGGAGGGGCCUGACGGCCGGGCCCAGGCCCAGAGCCUCAGGUCACUGGAGGAUGAGGUCGUGAGAAGGUGGAGGAUCUGCCAGGUGGCCAAUGACAGAGUGUCACAUGACAGUAGCUUGAUGUCAAUGUGUCAAGGGUAGACCAGUGGCACAGCAUCCUCAAAACACUUGCACGGAUGCACGGUAGCUUUUGCUUUAAUCCCCAGCUCUCAAACCGAUCGAAAACAUCAGAAGGAGAGGCAGUGAUUUUUUUUUUUCUUCUUUUUUUGCUCUCAUUUACAUGUGAUUUCUCUUCUGCUGGAAUUGUAAUGAUGCUCAUUAUGCUCAUAAUGGUCUCCUGGGUUGGGUAUAUAAUUAUAUACAGCAGACGGAUAUAUUAAAUACAUUUUUAAUAUUUCUAAUACUUAAACAUUCUAAUGCUGUUAUUGAUUUUAAUUGAUUUGUGCCUGUUACAUAUGUAUGUUGGCAUUGGUUAUUUAGCAUUUAAAGUUAAGAGUGACAGUCCUAGUUUAAUAGAACUACGAGUAAACCAUUUUUAGUUCAAAAAAUGUAAAAACAAAGAUUUGUGGUACUAGAUCUGUCUAAAUGAGCAUCUAGACUCCCUCGACACCGCAACAUUAGCUCAACCAAUGGUGUAUCUUUAGGGCGGAGCUAUCUGUGUGUUCAACAAAUGGGUCACAGUGGGCGUGUUCUGGGAAUGUGUUUGAAAACUAAAGUGUUUGGAAAUGAUAUUUGGAGCUAUAAAAAAUGCAAAACAAUUAAAAUUCAACAGCCCUUCCAAGCUGACAAAAAUAAAUUAUAUAAAAUAUGACGGGGGGUUAUUUUAGUGGGGGGUUUUUUUCUAUACAAUAAUAGUAUUUAUUAAUAUUUAGAAUUUGCUUAGUUUAAUUGUUCUUUUUAAUUUUAGUUUAGGUUUUAAUGUUUUUUUUAUGCACUUAAGUUUAGGUAUUCAUCUAAUAUAUCUUUUUUUUUUUUUUCAUAUAAUACUUUAUUUAAAUUACCAAAAAUGAUUUUGAAUUUUUAGUUUUAGUCAACAACAACAAAACUAGAUUAUGGGUACACAAUAUAUCAGUGACCAUAUCCCCCAAUACUAGCAUUUCUUUUUUCCUUUGGCUAAUUUUUGAAGCAGAUCAAACAAUGCCAUACAAAACAGGCAGAAAAUUCUAUAUUAUAGGCUUAUAAAAUAUAUCAUGAUCUUAUCAGGCAUAACAUAAAAAAAAAUGUUGGUUAGCACUUUUUAAAAUCUUGUUUUUAUUGUUUGACUUAUUUUCCUGUAAUCGCCUCCACAUUGCUGACGCAGCUGAUUUUUUUUCUGUGCACUUUGCCCAAGCAAAACUCUUAAAAUAUAAUAUUUAUUUCCCAAAGUAAAAAUAGUUGCUAGCACGUAUAAAUACCAAAACAGCAGCUGGUAUUUAAAGGCGCUAGGCUAAUGACUGUAUUUUUCUUAAUCCCAGCACCUUCAGAAUUUCACAGCAUAUGUGCAGCAGACUAAUGAUCCAAAUGAGCCCUUUUUUCUCCAGAUCAUUUACUGCACACAUUGGAAAGCCAUUGGUUAGACUUUCUCCGUUAAUAAAGAGGGGGAAAAAAAGAAGAAAUUCUAUCACUAACUGCUGCAAGGCAAGUUCAAGCCGUAAAGGUCUUGUCUGCUGAAGCAUUUCAGCUUGGCUUAGCUUUCUUAGCUGACUGUAGUAGUCAUGAAGCCAUGACCAGUCUCUGCUCCACUUCACCCACACACACACACACACACGCUCUCGCACUAUAAAAUCAAGCGUGUGGCGACAGAGCGGAGCAUCUUCUAAGACACAAAACGCAGGCUGUCAGAAGGGCUGGCGGAGCCUUGUUCCUGUCACGCUGCCAGGAUGCAAUAUCACUCAGCUGAGGUAGAAAGCCGUCAGUUGUAAAAUAUGAUGAAUUAUCCCUAUUCGGCAGAGAGUGGGCCGUCUGUGGGCGUGUGCCUCUCUGUGUGUACGCGAAAGUACGUGAGGGUGUAUAAAGAGAGGCUAUGCCUGUGUGUGUGAGAGAGUCUGUUUUGUGUGACUGAGCACUGAUGGUGUAGUUGCGGCACACAUAAGAGUGUGUGGGUGAGAAAAAGAGUGAGAGAGACCAGCCACGGGGUUACUACAGGUUUAAUGGCGACCUUGUUGUGCACGCACUUAGCUGCUUUCAGUGUUGAGUUGCUCAGAGCGAGCGUCUAAUCCCCCACCCGGGUGCUCACACACUUGAUUAGUGGCCUUGGUUAUCUGCCUAGAGGACAAGCCGCUGCCCCCCUCCUUCACUGGUCAGGGCUAGGGCACUGAGGGUUGUCAACCCCAAAGAAAGAAGAAGAGAGAGACAGAAGGAGAGAGAAGAGAGGGGCAGGAUGUUGUUGACGUGUAUUAGUAUUCAGACAGAGCCUUACAGCCUGCAGAGCAAAUUGAUUACUACACUGUACCUGUUCUUGGUGUCACAGCUCCGUAAAAAGGACCAUCACCAGCUGACCUUGUGGACAGAAUUACUGGAUGUAAGCAGUGAUUUCACUCACAACCCUGGAGCUUUGAAGUACAAAACCAGUGCCAUGGAAUCCCACAAGACUUGACUGCAUUACGAUCCUGUGCUUAUCUUAACAAUGGCAAACAUGAUUUUAAACUACAUUCAUGCUUAACUCUUGCCUCCUGUAUGGGGGGAAUGGCUUGUGAAUCUACAUCAUACCUUUCUUUUACCUAAAAAAAAAAACAAGGUUUGGAAGCUAAAAACUGUAAGGUUUCUUGGCAGAACGUAACAGAACAAUUUUCCCUCUAUUGUGGUGGCCAACCAUACAAGGGACUAUAGUAUUGAACAUGACUCAUGGGGAAGAGCCUGGCCCUGAAACACACCAGGAUUCUGCUGUAUUAACAUAUCUGGAAGGCUUACUCAUGCAUCAGGUAGCAGGAGGACAGGGUGCGGGAGCAACACAGAGUGGAAGCCAAGAGCAGAGGAAUAAGGACGGGACAGGGCAUGCACAGCCUAGUCAUGGGACUCGACAGGAGCAGAACCGAACAAAUUCCCACUGUGGAGCCUCACAGCACCUCAGAAAGGCUCGUCUCCUCAACUCGGAGGCCUGGACGGAGAGUGAGACUCAACGGAGGUCAGCACCCUCUGUUGCACUCAACGGGCAAAGUGAAGACCGCCACAGUGGCCAGAACGGUACCUCGCAGGAUAAAGGAGAGAGUACACUUCUAGCUAGUCUGCUGCAGUCUUUCAGUUCUCGACUUCAAAACGUGACCCUGCCACAGCAGAUUAUCCAAGGCUUGAGGCCACCGGAUGCCCCCUGCCAGAUAAGCAAGCCUGUACAAGACGACAGGGCAGAUGUGCCUUGCCACAGACCAGCCUCGAGCCACCUCAAAGGGUUAGUGAACAAGAGUAAAAUGCAGAAUCACAACAACAGUGUGCCUUAUCAGCGUCGGCGGUCUAGCCAGGAAAGUUUUUCAGAAUCUCCCAAGGCACUGCAGAGCAGUUCUCCCUCCCCAUCUCCUGAGUCUCUAUCUUGUACUGAGCGCCUAAAAGCUGUGGCAAACCUAGUAAAUAUCAGAUCAAGCCCCGCUCCAUCGCCCAAACCAAGUGUGGCCUGUAGUCAACUGGCUCUGUUGCUCUCCAGUGAGGCCCACCUGCAACAGUACUCUCGAGAGCAUGCCCUGAAAGCCCAACUCUCUGGACGAUCAGCCAGUGAAAGACUAUCCGCCAUGGUCACACAGCAGACACAAGAUAAACAACCUACAACUUCUGUCCAGACUCAUGGAAUAAGCCUCUUACACACCAGGAAUGGAAUACCUUCACAAAUGUCAACCAGCUCCAGUCGACAAAGUCCAAGCCUGACCUCAGGGCAAAGAAGGACAGAAGGUUCCAUGCGCACAGGACAACGCUUUAGAGAGCGUCGACCUUUCGAGAAACAAGGCAGACCAUCACAGAACUGCAGCAGUCUUCUACUUCAGCUUCUCAACAGUCACAACACCUCCCAGCGAAUUAAUGGACAGGGUCAUCUGAAAGACGACCUCAGUACCUUUGGCACUCUGGCCUCUCCGCUUUUUUCAGACAGCGAACACUCAAACCCCGACAGCAGUCUUACAAAAGACAGCAGUGAUGCUGAGAGCACUUACUCUAGUUGCUCUCCAAUUGACCUUUCUCUGAAGAACAGAACAAAUGUACAAACACCAGUAUCUACUUCAUCCUCACCUGUACGGGACAAAGUCCCAGAGUCUUCGUUAAACAGGUGGAAGCCUGAGAGUCCACCUGUCAAAGUUACCUCAGAUCACAGGGAGGUGGACACCUGUUCAGAGAUGAAACCUCAUCACAAGGUCACUCUAUUACAGUUGCUCUUGGAUCACAAAAAUAACGAGAGAGUAAACAAAGGUCUGGAUAAUCCAGAUUUGCUGCAAGCUGUAAUCCCUAAGGUCACUAGUGCAUCUACAAGUAGCCAGAGUGUUUUCAGUACAGUUAGGUGUGAGGACAUAAGUGACCUUAGCGGACACUGUGGAUUGAGUUGUAGAAGUCCCAAACUUUUGCCUACUUUCUCCCAAAGCAGAGACUCCAACAGCAGUGCAUCUCCAUAUACACUUUAUGGGUCUCCCCAUUCUCAGUCUGUCCCAUUGGAUCUCUGUAAAGCAAAACAACCUGCAAGUGAUGUAAGAGUAAAAGAACCUGCCUUUAGUGCUAGUAAAUUGUUACAGAAUUUAGCUCAGUGUGGAAAACAAAACCCUGACAUUUCUCCUCCAGCACAGGCACCUUUACCCCCUAUCAAACUCAUGACCCAAGAGCUGAAAGUUAACCAUCCUCCAACUUUACUUGAGAGACUCACUGCACCAAUUCAGAGAAAUAACACACUGUGGGAAGAGGCCAAAGCAAAAACUUCAGCUGUGCCCGAAGCAACACAGCAUGUCUCCGAGAUUGAGAAUCUGCUUGAAAGGCGUACAGUUCUACAACUUCUUUUGGGCAAUGCUCCUCAGAAAGAAAAGGUAGGCAGUAAACGAAAACGAGAACAUAGCAAAAAUAGUUCUGUGGAAAAACCACCACAUCAGGCAACCGGCCAACCAAAUGGUCCUCCUUUGGAUAUUACAAUUAAAACUGAGCCUGUUGAAGAGGGUCAUACGUAUGACUAUAACAAAAUGUCAGUACUGGAGCCUAGAAAAAGCACCAGUUAUCAUUCUCAUGAAAGCAUCAAACAAGAACCAUUGUCCCCAGAGGCUCCCACCAGAGAUGGUCUUCUCUGUCAUCUCCUAAAGAAACGACCCAACAAGACCCUUCAGCCAAACAAAGUAGAACACCUAAACAAGAGUUGUGUCAAAGAAGAAUCAGUUGAAACCCAGGGACCAACAAUCCCAAAGAAGCGGAAAUUUUCAAUAGAACUAGAAUAUCAUAACUCCUCGACUCAGCAUACCAGGGAUUUGGAACAUUCUGGUAGCAUGAAAGAAGACAACAGUGGUUGUUUUGCCGCCAGAGAUCUAGAGACAAGAGAGGCCAGAGACCUAUCAAGCCCCCCAGAGGCUGACAGUCCACCAGCUAGGUUUCCACCAUAUGAGUCUAACGAAAACCGAAGUUUCAAUGUUCUUAAGCAGCUGCUUCUUUCAGACAACUGCUUGAAGGAAUUGUCUCAGCCAAGGGGUACAUUCAGUUCUCCGUCACAUACUGUGCUGAAUGGGAAUACAAUCAAGCAAUCAUGUAAUGAAGGCGAAAUUCAAAACUUUCACCAGAGCCUGAGUCCCAGCAAUGCAUCUUCUAAAAAAGCAAGCAGUCACAGGCAAGAAACUCCCCAUGUUACACAGCAGGAGCUUGCAAGGUCAAAAAUCAAUUACAGCACCACAAAGGAUUUGAAGGGCCCUUCAAAGAUGGUUAAUGGAGAUGAUCAAACACACAAGUAUGGGCCAGACUCGCCUCGGUUUACCAAGACUAACCCUAUUUUGUACUACAUGCUCCAGAGGAGCAAUGCACAACUGGCUAAAGAGAGGGAGAGCUUGGAAAUAGGCUCGGGACAAAUACAGACAAAGGUCAAAAACGGGUCAUCAGGUGAUACUGAGGCCUUUGAACUUUGAAACAAAAUUCACAGAAUUACAAUGGAACACUUAGUUGUGACUCAACACGGCUAAACGGGUCAUUGAAGAAAUACUAGUUUUGAGACUGUGAACCAGCAUCUGUGCUUGAACUAGAAAUGUGCUUUUUAUUCCCUCUGCUUCUUAUCUACUUUUGUUUUGUUUUUAUUGAGGCAUCUCACAUUUUUCACUUGAAUUAUGUGUCAUUUAGUUCACAAAAAAAACCAUGAAACCAAAGUUCAUUUGAAUAUUUAUAAGCACUACUUUCGGGCUACUUUCCUACGUUCUAAGCGGCAAAGAAAAUAAAAGUUUUCUACAAAAGGUGUGUGACAGAUUUGCCCUUGUGUAUUUGUAACAAUAUCAGUUCCCACUCCGUUUUCCACACAUGGGUAGACUUUUGGCCUCAGGCAGUGAGUUAUGAUGCACCGAUGCACAUGAUAAUCUGUAUAAACAGAUUGUGCCUCAGCAGUUGUUAGUGAUUAUUCUUCAAUUUACCAUGCUGAAAUGAAGAAAUAACUAUGUAUUGUUACUUUGUCUAUGCCAGGAAGGCAUUAAAUGUCACAGUAUUUAUACAUUCAAAUAAAUGAAAUCAGUUGCCUUUUUGAAAAGAUAGGCAUCUCUCAUUGGUUCUGUAUUGUUCGGAUAAACUAAAAGCAACGUUAAAGCUGUAUAUUCAUUAUCAUGUUUGGAUAAUAUGGAAUACGAAUCCAUCAGUAUUACAACAUGAUAUCUUGAUAUCUAUGGUAUGUGAAGUGUGUAUACAUUUAUGUUAUCAGUGUCCUCUUUAAUUUCUCUCUCUUCCAUUGAAAACAAUGUUGUGAUGUUCUUUAUUCUUUAUUCUGCGUUCUCCGCAUUUGCCCGUGUCAAGACAGAAAUGGAUUUUUACAAUAUUCUAGAAGAUGAUGAAUGAAAAUCACAAGAGUUACUACAAAUGACUGCUUUUUGUUCUUAUGUUUUGAAUUUGUGUAUUUUAUGAACAGGUCUUGGUAUUAGCAUGUCAUAAGAUGUUUGUUCUAUUAUGCAAGAGAUUGUUGCAUCGACUUGAGACAAAUCAGCCCAAUCUCAGCUGUCUGUCAUGUUAAUGGACACAUUGAUCUAAUAAAGGGAGUGUUUGUGGUAUUAAGGCCAUUCCCCCAAAAAUAUGUUUGCUCAUGUGAUGUUUUACAGUCUUAAGUUUGACGUUGUUUUUCAUCAAUCUUAAAGACUCGUUAUAAACUAUAUUUAUGUACAUAGCAUAAUCUUUAUGAAAGACAGCUAUUUUGUAUGAAUGAAAAGCAUUUUAGUUUUGAAAUUUCUUAAAGAGACUUCAAAGUAAAUGCCAUGUGAAUAUGUAUUCUAGAGGAUGAUUUUUGUCCUUCUUUUGCAUGUGUCUCCUGAUUAAACUAUGAUAAUCUGUUCUGCAAUAUCUUGUGUUAUGUCAGAUAUUUAAGAGUACACUGCUGCCUGUUGCAUGCAGAUGCAUGAGAAGGUUCCUAUGUAUUACUGAACAUGGGGAAAUUCAAAGUCUUAAGCAUAUAUAUAUAUUUUGUCAUGGAGCCCAAUACAUAAAAAUGUGAUCUGUAUGUUUGUCAUGAGAAAUAGACCGCUGGGCAAAAUGUUUAAACUUUUGAAACAAAUGUGCAUAUGAAGAUAUUUAUUUUGUUUUUACUCAAUUUUAUUUUUUACAAGGAGAAAACCAAACAGGUUAAACAAUCAUGUUCCGUACUGUACAGUACAAAGAUGGAUUACACUGACACUUCAAAGACUUCUAUUGGUUUUGAAAUAUUGUUUUGAUGCAGGCUGACUGCGAUAUGUUUGAGUAUUAUUGUGUAUCAUUAUUUCUAAAAAUACAUUUCAUUUGGGUGUUUACUUGCACAGAUUUCGAAUAAAGUUCUGAAAUGCAC